AUGGAAUAUUAUUUCUUAUUAUUCAUAGGUUUAUAUUUCCUACAUCAUACAGAAUCAACCAUAGGUCCUGGUGAUCGUAAAUCUUCAUCACGAACUCGUACAAACAUUAAUUCAUCUUCAUCUUCUUCUAGUAAUUUUAUACCACAUGUACAUUCUCUUGCAAUAUCAAAAGAAUAUCUUCCACCAUCCGAAACACAUGUUUUGCAACGUAAUUUAUUACAAGAAAAUAUUAAUCCUAAAUUAAUUCUUGAAAAUUAUCUAUCAUAUUGUUAUACUUGUGUUGAUACUCGACAAUUUACUUAUCCAACUUUAAUUUUUAUAACUCCAUGGAAUAAUCAUGGUUAUGAUCUUGUAAAAAAUUUUACAAAAAAAUUUGAUUAUAUUUCUCCAGUUUGGUUUAGUAUAAAACGAAUAAAUACUGAAAAAUAUUCAAUAGAAGGUAUACAUGAUAUUGAUUCAAAAUGGAUUGAAACAUUAAAAGAAAAACAUUCUGAUAUACGUAUUGUACCUCGAGUUUUAUUUGACAAGUGGCCUGCUAAUGAUGUUCAUGCUUUAUUUCAAUCUGAAGAUGAAAAACAACAAUUAUCGUUAACAUUAAAAAAUUUUCUUAUUGAAUAUAAUCAUUUAUUUGAUGGUUAUGUUCUUGAACUACUUGCAUUAUUUAGUGAUUCAUCAAAAUCAGUACUUAACCAUAUUAUUAGGGAUAUUACUGAACAUAUACAUCAGAUAGAUAAUAAUACAACAAAGAAAAAAGAAGUUAUUUUAACUGUACCACCAUUGGAAGAAUAUUUUAAUAAGAAUGAUUUUGAAACAUUAUCGGAACAUUUAGAUGGAUUUAUUGUUAUGACAUAUGAUUUUCCAACGAAAGAACCAGGACCAGUUUCUCCACUGGAAUGGAUGCAAGAAGUCAUGAAUAGAUUUCUUUCCUCGAAAAUUCGCAGUUCGGUCAAAGUAUUUCUUAGUUUAAAUUUUUAUGGGUAUCGUUAUGAUCGAAUUAUUCCGUCGGCACCAAAAGAUCAACAACAAUAUCAGAGAAGACAUGUUCUUGGUCAUGAUUAUAUUGAAUUUCUUAAAAAAUAUUAUAGAGCAUCAGUGAUUAUUUUCGAUACUCGUGCACAUGAACAUGUUACUCUUGUAUAUGGUCAAUCGAUGGAUGAUGCAAAUCAACAAGCAGAAUCUGUACCAUUAAUACUUAUAUUUUAUCCAAGUUUAAAAUCAAUUUAUGAUCGAUUAGAAUUGGCAACAAAAUUGCAUGUUGGAGCAGCUAUUUGGGAUGGUGGCCAAGGACUUGAUUAUUUCUUUGAUUUAUUUUAA